AUGUCGACCCCUACGGAAGAGGAGCUGUUCAAGUCAGUUGAGUCAGAGUUGAAAUUUCUUAUAGACGAAGCGAGUGUGUCUCGCGACAUUCAAAAACUGGUCUACAGCAAAGGUUUCACCAGUGUGCGUGUUUUUGCGGGCAUUGAAGAAUCCAAAGGCGAAGUGCGAAAAAUGUUGGCCUCGCUGUUGCCCUUGGACUACGCGGCCAGUGCGGAGAAUUGCAAACACAUGGCCCUCCUGCUGUCCACUUGGGACGCGGCACGCUUGCAGCUUUCCAUCCAUGAGAAAAACAAGGCAGAUUCUAAGUUGGGUGUGCAAGCCCGGCUGGUGCAAUCCACGGAACAGGCAUCCAUGACAGCGGCUGUGGAACCAUGGCAUGGAAGACUGUCCGACAGCGAGCUCCCGAGCAAAUCGCUGCUGGCAGCAAAGCUGGAGCAAGUGGAGGAGAAUGCUCCUUACCCUGAAGAUUUGCGUGAUGUGACCAGUGUGGAGGAUGCAGCCACUGAAGCCUAUGACGCCAUCAUAGACCCAGCAUCGUCAGUUUUGAAGAUCAAGCCUGGUCGCACGAUGACCACGCCCCCAAAAACACCUGAGGAAUUGAGGCGUCGACAUCGGCGGAUUGGCUUGGCCUGGGAGAUGGUCCGCUCCAAGCACAUGAACCGGUCUUGGCUUCCUGAGCGCUGCACAGAUGCGUUCCGCAAGCUGAGUGAUCACGUUCUUGGUCCUCGGGUUGCAGAUUUGCGUUCAGGUGAUGGCAGAGCGCCUGCCUGGAGUUUGGUUUUGCAAUAUGAAGCGGAGCUCCGAAAGCAUGCCUACAAAUUUGUCCGUGAUGGCGAGGCGGCCGAUUUGGCUUCAGCCCUCACCAUGGCUUGCAAAGCCCCGGACAUCAUGAACAAUUUCUUCAUUGUCCCCUUCACUAUGCAGGUUCGUGCACCCGCCUUGGAGGUUGAGAGUGUGGUAGCAGGUUCUUCCGGAGGAGGAAAAGGUAAGGGCAAAGGUGCAGGAAAAAAUGGCAUUCUCAAAAGCAUUUCAAAGAAAAGUCAGACCGGUCGCAAGAAUGUUUGCUUUGCUUACAAUCGCAAGAAAGGUUGUGAGAGGAUGCUCUGCACGUGCCGGGAGGGUCGGCAUCCUUGGGCAAAGGAGGCCUUGGGAAUCCUCUCCCGAGAGGGUGUGGCCACGUGGGCGGAGGAGGCCCGCAAGUGCCCCCUCUCCGAGGGUGUGGACCCGGGCGAAGAAGAGGAAGCAUCUUCAGAUGAGGAUGAAGAUGGCUUUCAAAAACCGCAGCUGGGCGCAGGCCUUUGGGGGCAUGGACCACCCUUGGCCGCCAGAAUGCUUGGCAAGCACAAAAGUUUCACAGACGGGCUGGGCUUGUGCUCGCCGGGUCGUUGGGCGCCUCAGCGGAGGCUGUGUGCAAGAGAAUGCGCAUCUUUAGGUUUUGCUGAGCAACUAGGGAGGGAGUACACGAAGCUAUUGAAUCAGAACCUAGAUGUGCGUCAAGUAGCCUUGCAGCUAGCCCUAGGAAGACUGGAAAAGUCCCCUUUCUGCGAUGAGCUGAUACAGGAAGGCAGGGAACUACUCUUCUGCGCUCUAGAGCUUGUUGGCACCAAGUUGCCCGUGAGGAGCAGGCCGGAAGGGCAACCUUUCUUCUUGGCUGCGCUAGAGGAGCUGUUGAGAAUCAGCGGUGACCCAGACUAUCGGGCUUUCUACUCUUCCAGCGUUUCUUUUGCGCAUGGUGUGCGUGUGGGCUUCAAAUCAAAAACUCCUAGGGUGCCAGCAGUUUUCGAUAGAAAAACAAGGUGGCGAAAAUAUGAGGAGGAAGAGUGUGAUUGGCGAUGCGACCGGGAGAACUAUGUCUCGGCGCGGGAUCACGCCGCCGUGGUGCAACGCCAAUUUGAGGAAGAGGAAAAACUGGGCGCCAUGUUGCAGUUAGACUUUGCAGAAGCUCAAGCUAGGUUUGGCGAGCAGCUAGCAGUUGCAUCGCUCGGUGCAAUAGAAAAGAAGAAUGGUACGUUCCGGGUAGUUCAUGACGGAACACAUGGGGUUGGGAUCAACCCGGGCAUCAAGAUACGCGAUCAACUGAAAUCACCUUGUGCUGGAGACAUCAAAGCAGUGAUGCAAGAACUACCAGGCUGCUAUUUUGGUUUGACUGGAGAUGUGGCGCGAGCACAUCGACUAGUGAAGGUGGCGGAAGUAGAUUGCGGGCUCAUGGCCUGCAAAACUGGAACAAGCAGCCGAAUUUGGGUGAACCGGGUCGGAUCCUUUGGGAUCAGUUCGGCUGCCUACCACUGGUCACGGCUAAUGAGUGGUGUAGGGAGAGCGGUGUAUUACGCACUUGGGAAGUCAGAGCUCUUCUUAUUGGUUUAUGUCGAUGACCUCCUGUGGAUGGUUCGUGAGGCAAAGGGUUUGGAACUCAUCGUGAUGUCUAUCUUCUACUUAGAAGUUUUGGGCUUACCUUUUGCGUGGAAGAAGUUCAAGGGUGGCAUAGAUGUGGAGUGGGUCGGCUUCCAAUUGUGCUUGAAAGGCGCGAGGCUGGGCUUGUCAGAGUUGCGCGCUCAAUGGCUCAUCAAUUGGUUAACAGCAACCGCUCAGCGUGGCACAGUGAAGAUUGCUGAUCUUGCUUCUGUUGUUGGGCGCCUGUCCUUUGGUUUAACAGCGCUGGGGCAUUUGAGGCCUUUCUUAGGGCCCAUCUACGCAUGGGUUGCCGCAAUGAACGGCUUUGGAGAGUGUAAGGUCCCAAAGGCAUUGGUCUUAAUCUUCAGGUUCUUGGCGGCGGCGUUGGACGGCUCAGGCCGCUUGGCUAAGGUUGGAAGCAAGCGUGGCCAUGUACGGGAACUUUUCCGUACAGACGCAAAGGCAGAAGGCAAUCAGAUUUGGCUGGGGGGCUGGGCUCUAGAUCACUCUGACACAAAGCGUUGCCGCUGGUUUUCUGAGCAGUUAGACCAUACCAACGCCCCCUGGUUGUUUGCUGCUGGUGAAUGUUACAGGCAGAUUGCAUCAUUAGAAUUGCUAGCAACACUAGCAGCCGUGGUGACCUUUGGCAUUCCUGAGUGCAUUCGUGGUAGCGUGAGUUGCUCCGCGGGUACGGAUAACCUUGGGAACACCAUGGUCGUGGCGCGGUUGCUUACGACAAAAUUUCCCUUGGCUUGCUUCUUGAUGGAGUUGGCAUUACAGCUGCAGAGGCAGGAGGCAGACCUGGAGUUAUUCUGGCUGCCGCGGUUGCAAAAUGAAGAAGCCGAUGCAUUGACGAACCAAUGUUACAUUGCCUUCGAUCCAGCAAAGCGUUGCAGGUUCGACGUAGCAAAAUUUGAAGGCAUUGUUUUGAAUCAGGCUUUGGCAGCAGGACAGGAUCUUUAUGAAGAAAUAGGCCAAACAAGGGCCGGGCGUGAGCCGUUGGUGCAGCAGCGAUCCAAGUGUCGCAGAACUGACGGCUUGAGGGUAUCGGACCCGUGGGGCUAA